AUGACGACGGCGGUGAACGCGGAGGGCGAUAAGGGGGUGCUCCUCUUUGAGCGUCCGAGGUACUUGGGCCGGGGCGUUGAGGUGUUCAACGCGGACGACGUCCCCGUCACGCCGUGUGGCUCUUUUCUCCAGCCAGAUGAGUAUCCGAGCAAAAUUAGCAUCAAUGAGACCUUUUCCAUUGAUUUUCAGAGCCCGGGGAGUCUGCAGAUGCCGUUGGGUUCGAUUGCGUCGUGCGCCGACGUUGGAAGCGCGACGCAGACGCAGUGCCCUGACGAAUCCUGCUCUUUUUUCAUACGCAGAAGCGCGGACUCCGGCCAAAAGGCUUCACAGCACCAGUUCCGCCGCGUUCUUCUUAUUGGACCCCAGGGGCUUCUCGCCGCCCACGUAACGGCAAGGCUCCUGAAAAACGGCCACCACGUGAGACUGCUGGAACGCGACUACCGUGGCAAAAGCGCCCUCCACGGUUUAGCGACCCUUAUUGAAACACGCCCCUCCCGUCUCUCCUUGUUUUACGAGGACGACCUUUCGUUGGCUGUGGCAGACUGCGACGCCGUGGUCUACGUUGACGGACCCAAUACUUCGGACAUUCUUGAUGAGAAUGAGAUUGAGCACCGGUUUGUCACAUCCAUACAAGAUGUAUUUCUCUCCAUACGCUCCAGCGGCCAGAGCGUCAGACGGGUGGUCUUGAUUAGCCCUGCCUCCGCCAUUUUCCCUGUCGAAACAAGUUUGGUCGCCAAAGCACGAAGUCUGCAACGUGGGCAAGCGGCCGCCCUACGGGAGGCUGAGCGAAUAUCCUACAAGGCAGGUGUGCCGCUGACCGUGAUUCUCCCUGCCAUGGUGGUGGGCCCCUCACUUCUGGGGGAGAGUGACAGCAACGUUCAGGCCCUGGUGCGGUUCGCGGAGCAGCGACGCCGCUUUACGUCUCCUUUGCAUUACAAUAUUGUGGACGUCCGAGAUGUGGCGGAGGCGUGUGCGUUGGUGCUCAUGGCGCCCAAGGCAGAAUACCAGAAGUACAUUCUUUCCGGCGGAGAAAUGAGCCUGGCGCAGCUUGCCUGCACCCUCCACGAGUGUAUUCCCUUGCUGUCUCCGCCCAGACGACCCCUACCCGUUUGUUUAACGAGGUUCCUGUAUUACGUUGGUAUUCUUCGCAUGCUCGGUUUUGAUUUUUGCGAGUGCGUCGCGGCGGAACGGAUUGGUUGGAGCUACGCGCUAAGCAGCCUCAAGGCUCAGCAGGAGCUCACAAUGCAGCUGCGAAGUGCCCCGGCGGCCGUCGUCGCCGCAGUGGCAUGCGCAAUGCAUGUGCCGGCGGCGACGCCGCAGCCGCGCCUUGUCACCGCCCACGUCGUACCAUUGAAGAGGAACGACGCGCAGCUACCCCGGUUUUGUAAAGUACUUCACCUUGCCUUUCUUUCGUCGCUCUUUGGCACGAUUGGCUUUCUCGCUGGGAGGUACUUUUACACUCGACGCACACCGGCCUGA